CUUGGUUUGGCUGGCGGCUAGCCCCUAACCAAAAAAAAUAAAAUAAAACCAACUCUCCCAUUCGGCCAUUUGCCCAUUUCCCAUCUCGCCUUCGCUUCCCACGCCCCUCCGUCCCGCCUCGCCGCGGCAAGGCACCGCCGCCAACCGCCCUCGUCCCUCUUCGACUCGACCGCGUGAGUGAGACGACCGCGCGCGCCCCUCGCCCGCCCGCCAGGAGGAGAUCGACCCCCGAACGCGUCAUGAAGUACGUGCUGGUGACCGGCGGCGUGGUGAGCGGGCUCGGGAAGGGCGUGACGGCCAGCAGCGUCGGGGUCGUCCUCAAGUCCUGCGGCCUCCGCGUCACCUCCAUCAAGAUCGAUCCAUACCUCAACAUCGAUGCCGGAACCAUGUCUCCGCUCGAGCAUGGCGAAGUGUUUGUUUUGGACGACGGCGGUGAGGUGGACUUGGACCUUGGAAACUACGAACGAUUUCUGGACAUCAAGCUGACUCGUGACAACAACAUAACCACGGGGAAGAUCUACCAGUCUGUUAUUGACAAGGAACGUAGAGGGGAUUACCUAGGAAAAACUGUUCAGGUUGUGCCGCACAUCACAGAUGAAAUACAAGAGUGGAUUGAACGUGUGGCAAUGAAUCCAGUUGAUGGCACAGAAGAGCCAGCUGAUGUUUGUGUCAUAGAACUUGGUGGCACUAUAGGGGACAUUGAAUCAAUGCCUUUCAUUGAAGCAUUAGGUCAAUUUUCAUACCGUGUAGGGCCUGGAAACUUCUGCUUGGUGCAUGUCAGUCUUGUACCAGUUUUAAAUGUGGUUGGUGAGCAGAAAACAAAGCCCACCCAACAUAGUGUUCGCGGACUUAGAGGACUUGGACUCAUGCCUGAUAUUUUGGCAUGCCGUAGUACACAGCCACUUGAAGAACAUGUGAAAGUGAAGCUCGCACAAUUUUGUCAUGUUCCGAUAUCAAAUAUCAUUAAUCUCCGUGAUGUAACGAACAUUUGGCACAUCCCUUUGUUGCUCAGAGACCAGAAGGCCCAUGAAGCUAUUUUGAAAGUGUUAGACAUUCAGUGUGUGGGUAAAGUUGCUCGAGAACCCCAGUUGUCUGAAUGGACUGAAAGAGCCAGCAGAUGUGACAGAUUGAAAUCUCCGGUUAGGAUUGCUAUGGUUGGAAAGUAUACUGGCCUGUCAGAUUCCUACCUAUCUGUUAUCAAGGCUCUUUUGCAUGCGUCGGUUGCUUUGGACAGGAAACUUGUGGUAGACUGGGUUCCUUCCUGUGAUCUUGAAGAUUCUGCAGCAGAAGAGAAUCUUGAUGCCUACGAAAAAGCAUGGGAAUUGUUAAAGGGUGCAGAUGGUGUGUUGGUGCCAGGGGGUUUUGGAGACAGAGGAGUUCAAGGGAAAAUUCUGGCUGCAAAAUAUGCGCGAGAAAACAACAUUCCAUAUCUUGGCAUUUGCUUGGGCAUGCAAAUUGCAGUGAUUGAGUUUGCACGUUCUAUCAUGAAGUUGCACGGUGCAAACAGCACAGAGUUCGAUCCAACCACAAAAACCCCAUGUGUUAUUUUCAUGCCAGAGGGGUCAAAAACCCAUAUGGGGGCAACAAUGCGCCUUGGAUCAAGGAGGACCUUUUUCCAGGUCACUAACUGCAAAUCUGCUAAACUGUAUGGGAAUGCUAGCUACGUUGAUGAACGGCACCGCCACAGAUACGAGGUGAAUCCUGAUAUGGUCCCAGAAUUUGAGAAGGCAGGGCUUUCUUUCGUUGGCAGGGAUGAAAGUGGUAAACGCAUGGAGAUUAUCGAACUGCCAACUCAUAGGUUUUUCGUCGGUGCACAAUUUCAUCCUGAAUUCAAGUCAAGGCCCGGCAAGCCAUCUCCGCUUUUCUUAGGAUUGGUAGCAGCGUCAUCAGGUCAGCUUGAUCACCUGCUCCAACCUGGUCUUAUCAGUUCGACUGGCAGACACACCUGCAGCAAAGGAGGAGCGCAAAAAUUAAAGGCUGGGCACGUCAUGAAGCCACUGAAUGGCCUGGUGAACGCACACUAUUCAGCAACCGGCAAUGGCGCCAUUCCCAUCUAGCAGCGCAGAGCUGCGACGCGUCGCGUGCUUGUUUGGGAUUUCUCUUCUACCGUUACUGCUUGUUCUUUUUUUUUCCCUUUCCUUCGAGGGUGUUCUUCCGUACGUUCUGCCAGGCCAACUGAGAAGAAGAGAAGGGCUGUUUGCUCUAGCGACACGGGCAGCCGCGUUUCCGAUGUUUUAACGUGGAAGCAUUUGGCAUGGAAGCUGUCGCAUGCAUCAAGAGGCAAAUCUAGCAGGUUAGCUAGAGUUUGAUUAGUAGUGGUAAUCCGAUAUAUAUGCUGGUUGAUUUGUUCGUUUGUUUGCUAAGAUUACAAGGGCCGGUGAUGUGCAGCUAGCUGGUAGUGUAGCCUGCCGUCUCGCCUCAUUUGUACAUUGUAAAACAACUGCUACUCUCCAUUGACUGACUGAAUGGACGAGUAUAAACGUAUUGGACC